CAACUUCCACGGUUUUAUUUCCGGAUGUACGGUUCACAAAGUGAACUAUACAACGAAACUACGAAAGAAACUCAACUAGACCCGUACACGUAUCACGUAUGUGUAGUAUUCUAGUUGACUAGAUACCAAAAAGCUCCAUAAAACAAAAUAAUGUCUCAAAAAUAAACAAUACGGGUCCCACAAGAAAGCGCGUGGGGUCAGGCUCAGAAAACAAAACCCCAAACCGUGGCUUGACAGCGAACGCACCGUCCAUCUUAACGUGGCGCGCCUCCCGAACCAAAGAGAAGCAGUUACAAUCCAACUGUCAAAACCGUGUUCCAUGACGUCAUUUUCUUUCUUUUCGUUUUAACUAAAGCCUCUUUUGUCUUUUUCCCCCAAAUCGUCCCCCUUUCCACGAACAUAACUAUUAGAUAAUCUGAAUCAUCAAAUAGCUACAUCACACAGUGCACAAUAACUAUACAUAUACACAAGACUAAGUAAUAAAGCACACGUGUCAGUCAACAGACAUAGGACAGCUGUCGUAACCAGAUACUCCGUGUGUUCCCCUUAUAAAAACAACAAAACUUCCUCUCUUUCUCUAUAACAAAAAACACUUUAAAAUCCAAAAAGAAAGAAAGAGAAAUUAAACAUCUUAUCCAAAAUCAAGACUCUGUUUUCGUUUCAUUCGAUGGAUCCAUUUUACACUUCUUUUUCAGAUUCCUUCCUCUCGAUCCCCGACCACAGGUCUCCUGUUUCUGACAGUAGUGAGUGUUCUCCAAAGCUAGCUUCGAGCUGUCCGAAGAAACGAGCAGGGAGAAAGAAGUUUCGUGAGACACGUCAUCCGAUUUACAGAGGAGUUCGUCAGAGAAACUCAGGGAAAUGGGUUUGUGAAGUUAGGGAGCCUAAUAAGAAGUCGAGGAUUUGGUUAGGGACUUUUCCGACAGUCGAAAUGGCCGCUCGUGCUCACGACGUCGCCGCUUUAGCCCUUCGUGGCCGCUCCGCUUGUCUUAAUUUCGCCGACUCGGCUUGGCGUCUACGGAUUCCUGAGUCUACUUGUCCUAAAGAAAUUCAGAGAGCUGCGGCUGAAGCUGCAAUGGCGUUUCAGAACAAGACGGCUACGACUGAGACGACUAUGGUUGAGGCAGUGAAACCGGCAGAGGAGACGGUUGGGCAAACGGGUGGGGAGACCAUGGAAGAGAACGGUGUGUUUUAUAUGGCCGAAGAAGCGGUUUUGGGGAUGCCAAGGUUUCUUGAGAAUAUGGGGGAGGAGAUGCUCUUGCCGCCGCCGGAACUUGGAUGGAAUCAUAACGACUUGGCCGGAGAUGCUGACGUGUCACUCUGGAGUUUUUAGAAUUUGAAUCUUCUUUUAUUAUUCAGAUUUUGUAAGAUUUUUUGAAUUUCUAGGAUUGGUCAAAAGUUCAACUACCUACUUUUUAUUGGUAGACUGGUAGUACGAUACGGAAAGAGAAUGGAGAUAUACAAAUCUAAUAAAUUCUAUAUUACUAUU